UUAUGCAGAAGGUCAGCUACGGAACAAAUAUGAAUCUUCAGUUCAGUCAAGAACUUUACCAAAACCUACCCCAAAAUACUGUCAACCUGUUGUGGUGACAUCAAGUGAUGAUGCUGUGGAAGAUAAUGCUGCUAUGGUUUGUAACUAUACAUCAGAUACAAUGUCAUCUAAGAGAAGUGGUAGACAAGGAGACCUGAAACAUUAUGAAGAAAUACCAGGAGUAUCAGAUCAAAAUAUUUAUAAAAACAAUGAUACAGCUACAUCAAAAGAUUCUAGUGAAGAAACACCAGUGAAACACGUAUAAUUAAACUGCUACUGAAGUGACAUAACUAUUUUUCUCAAUAUAAAUAUACAAUAUCACUAUACAAUACACAAACAACAUUAACAUACACUUUGUUUAUUAAUUCCGCUAUAUCCGUAUAUUCUGCAGAAACAUGUCUAUAAAUGAGCCACAAUGUUAAUUUAAUUACUAAAGAUUACAUUGUAUUGAUCAAUAAAUUAUUAUUAAAUAUAUUCAAUUUGGAACAUUUCAAAUAUAUUGUAUAUGUUCACCAUUAACAUUCCAAUUACUUGAAAAAUUUACUCCAUAUUGUAUAGAUAAUGCCAGGAAUAGAGAUCUGAAAAUAAUUUCUCAUGACUAAAAAAAAAACAUUUUAGUGAAAAUUACAGCAGUAUUUUCUGAGAUUUAAGAAGAAAUGUAUUUAAAAUCUUAUCUAGCUAUCAAUAUUACCAAUAUUAAGGGAUGAAUGUCACACCUUCUCCCAACAAAUCAAUAGUAAAGGAGCAACAUCAUUGGUCUUCUGUUUAGGUCAUUCAACCAAUCAGAUUCUCUCUAAAACAUGGAAAGAAACCACUAAGAAAGCUAAGCAUUCACAUUACUGGUGUUACUAAACUAAACAGUUAUGUUUAAAUGUAGAAUAUUCUAGCUAUAUAAAUACAUAUCUAUAUAUAUAUAUAAUGUCGUUAGUAACAUUAGACAAACUUCAUCUUUAAGGACAAAUACAUACAAACAUAGUAGUGCAGUAACAACACAUGCAACCCUAUCCUAGCAGCAGGCUAUCUGCCUGACGUGCUACACUACUCCAUCACCAUACAGCCAUUGUCACACCAUUGCAGCAGCAAUUACAAUGGAUCUUUCUACAACAAUACAUCUUUCUAUUCUCACUGAAUAACCAAUGAUAUAAUUAUUGAAGAGGUUCAAUGCACCACAUAGCUACACACACUUAACCAAGACCAACUUAAAACAAUAUGUUCCUGUCAUUGUCUAUUAUAUUAUCAAUGGUCCACUGCAUCCUGACCAUAGACCUUACCUACCAUGUGGAAGAAGAGAGAAGUCCAGGAACAUAUGUAGCAGACAUUGCUGCUGAUUCUAAACUUUUAGACAAUGUUAAACCAUCUGACCAACAAUUGAUAACAUUCAGUCAAUUCAAACGAAAGGUGGCACAGUUAUUUAAUAUCACCAAAACAGGUAAACUGUACACUGCUCAGACACUGGAUGCAGAAGAUCUCUGUACAUUCAACAAAGAAUGUUCUAGAACUAUGAAAGUUGUUGUCAAUAAAGGAACAAGUGUUUCGAAAAUAUUAAAAAUCAAAAUAGUAAUAGAAGACAUCAAUGACCAUCACCCUGAGUUUCCCAAAAAACAAAUUUCAUUAAAGUUCUCAGAAACAGAUGGAAAAGGCACAAAACGAUCACUACCAAAUGCCAUGGACAAAGAUGUAGGAUUUGAAAACUCAUUAAUACAAUAUAAAUUAAAAUCAAAGAAUGGAGAACCAUUCUCUCUGUCAGUGUCUAAAAGAGCUGAUGGUAUUUCUUCUCUUAAAAUAGUUUUGAAAGAAUCAUUGGACAGAGAAAUCAAAGACACAUAUUUAUUACAAGUCAUAGCUAAGGAUGGAGGUUCACCAGCAAAACAAGGUGUUUUAAAUAUAAAUAUUUCUAUAGCAGAUGACAAUGACAACCCACCUGUAUUUUCUAAACCUCUCUAUAAUAUAUCCAUACAAAGUACACAUCACAAAUCUAAACCCAUCAUUGUUUUGUCUGUAACAGAUGCUGAUGCUGGUGAAAAUGGUAAAAUUACUUUCCAUUUCAGUCCCAAGACAUCAGAUCUAGCUAAAAGCUAUUUUCUAUUGAAUGAAACCAGUGGAAGCAUUUUAUUAAGGGAAUAUUCAAAUUUAGGGAAAAAGAAAACUUAUGAAUUGUUUAUAGAGGCCAGAGAUGGGGGCAACCCUCCCCUCAGUUCCAUAGCAACAGUCCUCGUAAAUGUUAUCAACCAACACAACAAUCCUCCAUCUAUUGAUAUUGAUUAUGUUUCUGCAAUCAAUGACAACACAGCUACCAUUUCUGAAGACAUCAAAGUUGGUAGUUUCAUUGCUUAUGUGAUGGUCACCGACAACGAUGUGGGACAAAAUGGAGAGGUCAGCUGUGAUAUCAAACAUGAUACAUUCAAACUACAGUCAAUGGGAUCUAAAGAAUAUAAAAUCGUUCUAAACAAACCA